AUGACGGGCCGACGCCAGAGAGCGCAGAAGAGUAAAGAUCCCCCCAGCGCCCCGGCCCGGCCCGCCCUGUACCGGGCCGCCUCGCUACAAAUGGUGUACAACGUUGAUCAAAAGCCUGAAAAAGCCACUGUGGGCCCCAGGACUCUCCUUAACCCGUCUGCCCGCAUCACAGAGCAGCGGCCGCUGAUCAUCCCCGUGCGCUGCUUCACUUGCGGCAAGAUCGUCGGCAACAAGUGGGAGGCCUGCUUGGGGCUGCUGCGGGCCGAGUACACCGAGGGGCACGCCCUGGACGCCCUGGGCCUGAAGCGUUACUGCUGCCGCCGCAUGCUCCUGGCCCACGUGCACCUGAUUGAGAAGCUGCUCAACUGCGCACCCCUGGAGAAGUGAUCACUGACCGCCCUCCCUGUCCAGCCCA